GUUUCAAGAUUCAAUCAAGUCAAGGGUAUAAAAGUAUAAACAAAGAAUAAUAAUAUAGAGAAUAAUAAUAUAGAAUUUUCUAAUUAUUAUAUUAUUGAUCUAUGGUUAGAAUAAUAUAGAAAUAGAAUAGAUAGACGUCUAUAUUCUUUGAUAUAAACAACACAUUUUAAAAUGCAAAAUACAUAAAAAGGAACUUACCAUGUAAACAUUAUUGUACAUUAAUCAGUAGGUGAAGUAGAAUUCAUUGAUUUAAAUUAUUAAAUUCAAAGUCUGUAGAAGUCCUACGCCCUACCAUCUCACAGUACUAGUUUAUUAGCUAUGGAAGUAAAAGUUGAAAUUAAGGAAGAGUUUGAUGAAUGUGACCAAAUGUACAUAAAUAAUCAGCUAUCCACAUCUAUAGAUCUUCGAGACUUAAAGAAUGAACCAGGCGAAGAUAACUCGGGUUUUUGUGAAAAGGAUAGUAAAAUGGAAAUAGCGAAAACAAUAACUAAGUAUUCAUGUAAUAAACAAGUGAAACAGGACUGUCAAGAACAAACAUUAAAUAAUUUUUCCUCUACAAAUGUUUCGUGCCAAAAUAAUGUAGUGGAAAAGACUGAAAAAAGACUUAGCAAAUGUGAAAUUUGUUUUAAGCUGUUUUCUCUUCCAGGUAAUCUGAAAAUGCAUUUAAGAACACACACUGGAGAAAAGCCAUACAAGUGUGAAAUUUGUUCUAAGAUGUUUUCUCGUCAAGAUAAUCUAAAAAGUCAUUUAGAAACACACCUUGAAAAAAAACCUUAUAAUUGUGAAAUUUGUUUUAAGCAGUUAACUUCAGUAAAUUAUUUAAAAUCACAUCUAAUAACACACUCUAAAGAAAAACCUCACAAGUGUGAAAUUUGUUUUAAGCCAUACUUCCAUAAAAAUGCUUUAAAGGUACACAUGACCACACACUCAGGGGAAAAACCUUAUAACUGUGAAAUUUGUUUUAAGCAGUUUACUUCAUUAGUUUAUUUGAAAGCACAUCAGAAAACACACUCACAAGAAAAACCUUAUACAUGUGAAAUCUGUUUUAAUUCAUUUUCUCGUAAAGGUAAUUUAAAUGUACAUAUGAGAUCACAUACUAGAGAAAAACCUUAUAAGUGUGAAAUUUGUUUUAAACAGUUUUCAUAUCACAAUAAUUUGAAAGAACAUUUAAAAACACACUCUGGAGAAAAACCGUAUAAGUGUGACAUUUGUUUUAAGCAGUUUAUUUCAUUACAUUAUUUGAAUUCACAUAUGAUAACACACUCUAAACAAAAAAUUUACAAGUGUGAAUUUUGUUUUAAGCCAUUUUCUCAUAAAUCUAAUUUAAAUGUACACAUGAUAAGACACUCAGAAAAACCAUUCAAGUGUGAAAUUUGUUUUAAGCCAUUUUUCCAAAAAAAUAAUUUAAAUGUACAUAUGAGAACACAUUCUGGAGAAAAACCUUAUAAGUGUGAAAUCUGCUUUAAGCAUUUUUCUGUGGCAUAUAAUUUGAAAAUACAUCUAAGAAUGCACACUGGAGAAACGCCAUACAAGUGUGAAAUUUGCUCCAAGCAGUUUGUUAGAAAUAGUAACUUACUUUCUCAUAUGAGAGUGCAUACGAAAGAAAAGCCAUACAAUUGCGAAAUUUGUUUUAAACAGUUUUCUAGUCAACAUCUGUUGAAAGUACAUUUAAGGACUCACUCUGGAGAAAAACCUUAUAAGUGUGAAAUUUGUUACAAGCGAUUUACUUCAGUAAUCUAUUUGAAAACACAUCACAUAACACACUCUAAAGAAAAACCUUACAAGUGUGAAAAGUGUUUUAAGCCAUUUUCUCAAAAAAGUAGUUUGAAUGUACAUAUUAUGAGAAUACAUUCUAGAGAAAAACUUUAAUGUGUGAAAUUUAUAUCUAAGAACACACAUUGGAGAAAAACCUUACAAUUGGCAAAUUUUUUAAUAGGUUUAUUGCAGUAAAUAAUUUCAAAGCGUUUUGGCGUAGUAUACUAUUUGAAACAAAUUUGAUAAAAUCCUUACAUUUCAUAAAAUAAUAUGGCUAGUGUUCAAUUUUUCACAUGCGAAAAAUUAUGUCAUUCAUAUUAGUUACUAUCAUUCUACCACAAUUUUACAAUCAUUACCGUACUCCAACCUUUUUUAUUCCCACUUCAACUCCACUCCUUUAGAAAUACAGGCAGUUGUAAGAUAGCAAACGACAAAGACUCUCUCUUCCCUGUCGACUAUCGCGAGCAACAGACAUAUUAUUCUCUUGUCUGUUGACUAUUCUGCCCUGCUUAGUAAAAACGUCCGAUCUACAAUUUUCGUUUUUUCUAUAUAAAUUUAUAUUCCACUACUAUUAGACAUUUACCAUCUUAUUACUUAGAACGUCCUUUCUGCCACCUUAAAUCGUACAAAAGCAUAAAUUUGUUUGUCCUUUCUACAACUAACAGCUGUUGUGCUUAGAAUAAACAUCCUAUAUGCCAAUUACUUAGUUAAAGCGUUCUGUCUGCAUCAAAUUGUGAAGAUAGGACUUUUUAGUUAAGUAAGUCAUGUUAAAAUCAUUGAACUGGUGAAAUUAAUAUUUCACCAGUUAAAGUGAAGUGAAAGUAAAACCGCUAAAGACAGCUAAAUUGUGUGUGUGCAGCACAGGAUGGGUAAGACUUUUUAUAAACUUCAUUUGCUAUUAUCUGUAUAACCCCUUACUACUUAUCCUAAUUUGUUUGAUCCAGCCCUAUGUUCAGUCUUCAUACACUGAAAUUAUAUACAUGAUUUCACAUAUGUACACCCCUUUUUAUACAGAUAGUAAUAACUGAAUUAACUGAACUAAGCUAUCUGCUUGCUGUUUUUAAUGAGAUUUAGUAACAUAGCCAUUCAAAAUUGAAUACAACGAUUUUAGUAACUAAAACGUUGUCCAUAUAAUUUCUGUAAUAUUUAUUUAAAAUAAUAAUAGUUAGUGGGAACAUAAAUUAUUUCUCAGUGAAUUUUCUUUUAGGAAUAAGGAUAAUUCUAAAUACAUGUAAGGGAGGGUGAGCCACUAUGAGACCAAAUUCAAUUUUUAAUUUUUUUUUAUUUUUUGUUAGUGGACAGAUUUCUUUAAAAUAUAGUAUUCUAG